AUGAAGGCAUUUGGAGUUGUGACACUCCUUGUGACGCUCUCCCCAAUGGGGGCGUAUGCGGGCUUGUGUUGGCCAGGCUCAGUGCUGAGCUCUUCGACUACUGCUCACAGUGAAUCCAGCACGUUGGUUACUGAUUUGACGACCGUGUCUGCUUCUACCUUAUCAGCGACGGCAUCCACUGACUCCACGACAUCUGGGGAAUCGAGUGCCUCUACUACCGAGGCCGUCUCAACUUCUACCCUUUCUACCGCUACAUCCAGCGAAUCCGGUGCCUCAAGUACCGAUUCCACGGCCCCAGCAACUUCUGUUAUGUCAGCCACGACAUCGAGCGAGUCCAGUGCCUCAGCUACCGAUUCUACGACAUCCGGCGAGUCUAGUUCCACGGCAACAGAUUCUACCACUGCCUCAAUUUCGAUCCUGUCGACCACAACAUCUGACGCUGCUACAACCACAACAAGCGCAGCACCCCAAGGAAUCGAGGGGCCAGACGGUUGCUGCGGCUAUCCGGGCUACUUUGAUGGUCACGUCCUCGCGCUCAGUGGUCUCUCUGAUGAUCCUGAUGAUCUAACCGCUGAGGAAUGCGCCGCAACGUGCACAUCAGACCUCGACUGCACGUGGUACAUCUAUCACCAACUGAAAAAUGGCAAUUUCCAAUGCAACACGUACGGCACGACGCCGGCGUUCGUUGUCGACGAGACAAAGUCAACCAUCUACUAUCCACGAGAAUGCAAGACCUGCGCCGAGUCUCAACCACCCCCUCCUCAUCAGCCUUCAUGCAUCGCCGAUAUUCCGUGCCGCGAUGAGGGUACACUAGAUGGGACGCAGGUGCAAUUCUUGGGACUACGCUCAGUCUCGGCCACAGACAACUGCGGUGACGUGUGCGCUACAGUCCAGGACUGCACUCAUGCGUCUCGCUUCUACGACAUUACGUAUGGUUGGCGGUGUUCUUUGACCCAAAUGGGGUCUGACACCGUCUUUAUCCCGGGCACUGAAUUCUACCAGAGAUGGAUAGCCGAAGGGUGUAUUGUGUCAUUUGAAAGGUGUCUAUAA